AAACGACACAAAAAACUGAGACUGCCAGACAUUCUCGAUUUUUACGAGGCCGUUGCAUACGUUUCUAGUAUUCUAGUAAAUUGUUUCCAAUGUGGUCACUCUCCUUCUAUAGCUGCAUAUUGCCAUCAGUUCAUCAACGAUGACAUACUGUAUUUUCCGAUUGACUUUAUUCGCUUCACUCCAGUGGCUGAUGAUGAAAUUUACAAAGCAAAGGCCUCUUUCUCAAAUGCCCACGCUCAGAGAUGUGCCAGGUAGAUGGAGUCAAGACCACGAGGGUGAGAUCCAUCGUUCCAACGACGAGACCCUCCAAAACCCGAGAUUCAUGUAUCAUCAGCAGGAGAAAGAAUCAAUGACGGGGCCCUCGAAAAAACAAAAUAGUCCAUCCUCAGAGUUGAAUGAGAAGAAAAAGCCAAACUUGUUUGGACCUUAUUUUCGAGGACAGGAAGAUGGCGUAAAGAAUUCGAAACUCCCAAGGCGAAGGUUGCUGCGAGGUAGUUCAGACGACGAGUUAGCGUACAAUCAGUCGCAUAGGUUCGUGUGCGACACAUGCUCCAGCAAUCGCAUAGCCUGGGUUAAUGCCAAAUGCGGCAAUAUGUUCGCUUUUGGGUUGAUGAACAGGCCGGGCUUGCAUCAUGAUGGGUACGUGCCUGACGACAUAGGCAUCGGGGAGGAGUACGAGUACGUCGCGUUCGAAUAUUGCCUCGAUUGCGGGCAAAUUCAGGAUGGAGUCCAUGAAUUCCCCCUGCCGGAGACGUAUUUUGAGAAACAUCGGAUUAUGGCGAUAAACCCUGAUUACUACGAGGAUGAUAGCGAAGAUACGAAAACUCCCAAGUAGCAUCGUCAUCUACUUUCUAAGUGGCGCUCAUCAAGAAAACGUCUAAUUUCUAGGAAGAUCAAUUUUCUUGAAAGAAAAUAGGUAUAAAGUAGAUCUAGAAAAUAGACACGAGAAAAUAGAAAGAAAAUACAUUGUUUCCUUGCAUUUUCUUAAAAGAAAACAUUAAGAGAUUGGCUGGAAAAUAAUUCUACUUUCAAUAAAUUUUCUAUCUUUUUCCCGAAUGGAAAGUUGACAGACAGUAGACCUAUGAAAUAGAUCUAUUUUCUUUGGUCAGACUUUUGACUCGCAAUGUUUUUUCUUUCAAUUUUCCAGAUAACUCUCAUUUCCUUGGUAUUUUCUACAAGUUUUCUUAAUAUUUGUUUUCUGGGAACAAAUUCUAUUUUGCUACUUGGGCUACUGCGAAGAUAGGCAGAUAAUUAACUCUAUUUGGACUAGAUUUUGCAAUUGAAUCAGUGAGAACGAAAAUACACCAACUCGGUGGCUCGAAAAUGCCGCAUCUGUUUCAACUUGGAAAUGUGAAAAGUCCUCAAGCACCUGCGUCUUUCGUCACCGAACUUCUUUUUCUUGUACUAACUUUUUCAACCACUGUGCAGUUUUGCGUGUGUCUCGAUUAUUUUCAUUUUUUCGAGUUGGUGUGUUUUCGUUCUCACUGAUUCAAUUUUCAUUUAAGACGGUCAAUCUUCCUAAAAGUCAUUGACAUCAUAGCGCAUCUGUUCCAGCUUUGACCUUUAAAGUUUCCUUAAGUACUAAUUGUCUUUCGGCACCAAAACUCUUUAUCUUAAACACUUCUUCGCCAACUGUGCAA